UCAACGGAUGUGAUGCAGUUCACCAUUUCUGCUCAUGGACGAUUGAUUCUUUCCGGUUCUAAGCACAGCAAGCAUGGGUAAACCUCGUGGUCUUCGCACUGCGCGCAAGCACGUGAAUCACAGACGUGAGCAGCGAUGGAAUGAUAAGGACUACAAAAAGGCACAUUUGGGAACUAGAUGGAAGGCUAAUCCUUUCGGUGGUGCUUCCCAUGCCAAGGGAAUUGUUUUGGAAAAAGUAGGAGUGGAGGCCAAGCAGCCAAAUUCUGCUAUUCGAAAAUGUGUUCGAGUACAGUUGAUUAAGAAUGGAAAGAAGAUCACAGCCUUUGUACCAAGAGAUGGUUGUCUCAAUAAUAUUGAAGAGAAUGACGAAGUUCUAGUGGCAGGUUUUGGUCGUAAAGGUCAUGCUGUUGGUGAUAUUCCUGGAGUACGCUUCAAGGUGGUCAAAGUUGCAAAUGUUUCUUUACUAGCCCUCUACAAAGAGAAGAAAGAACGUCCUAGAUCUUAAAUUGCCAACUAAGAUAUAUAUUGACAAAUAUAACAAAACUAUAACUUA